AUGGACGGCGGUAACCCCGGGAACAGUAACAACAACUUAGAAGGUGGUUCCGGAGACCGUUUAUCGGCCGAGUCCUUGCCGUUAAUCGACUUGCGCCUCUUGUCCCAGUCUGAUUUGCGCGCGCUCUCUAACUGCUCUUCGCUCUCUCCCUCUUCUUCGGCGUCUCUCGCUGCUUCCGCAGGUGGAGACGACGAUUUGACGCCAAAGAUCGAUCGCUCCGUCUUCAAUGAGUCCGCCGGCAGCCGGAAACAGACAUUUCAACGUCUCCGCCUCGCGCGCCACCCUCCACCUCCCGGACCUCCGUCGCCGCAACGCCGAAGAGACGAUUCCUCAAGCGAGGAAAAAUCGCAAGUCGCGUCGGUUCUUAGAUCUCUGUUCUCCGUCGAUUCGAUCGAAACGAAAGCGGAAGAAGACGAAGGAGCCGAAGAAAACGAAGGCCAGCGGCUGUUUCCCGCUCCGAUCCAUAACAACGGAAAUGUGUAUCGGAAUCCGUAUUUUGAUUCGAUUAAGAACCUUCUGGCUCAGGGAAUCUCCGAUAACGAAACGAAGAGGAAGCGAGGGAGGCCGAGGAAGAUUCAGAACCCUAGCGACGAGUUGAUUAACGAAGAGACGGAUGUUUUUGAUGAUUCUUUAACGGAGAGUAGAUAUGAUGAUUCAGGAAUCUCCAUGGACUCGAAUUCAGGCAAGAGAAAGAGAGGCCGUCCUCCAAGGAUUAGAGAUGGCUUCAAUAGGGAGGAGCCAGUGAGCUUGGAGAACAGAGAAGGUACAAUGGUGGAUCUCACUGCAUUGGCUCAUAGUGCGGAGGAUCCAUACGGAGAGGAGCUGAGGAGGGUCACGGUGGGGUUGGAGACAAAGGAAGGGUUGUUAGGUUUCUUGGAACAAAUGAAUGGUGAAUGGGUGAAUACUGGGAAGAAGAAGAAAGUUGUGAAAGCUUGUGAUUUUGGGGGAUACUUGCCUAGAGGAUGGAGACUCAUGCUAUGUAUCAAAAGGAAAGGGAACAAUCAGUGGCUUGCUUGUCACAGAUACAUAAGUCCUGGUGGGAUGGAGUUUGCAACCUGCAAGGAAGUCUCCACAUAUCUGCAAUCUCUUGUUGAAUCCCAAAGCAAGAACCAGCUCAAUCCUAUGCUAUCUGACAACAAGACUGUAGAACAACCAGUGAUAGCUAAUGAAUCUCUACCACUAAGGAACCUUGAGAGUAACAAGAGCAGCAGUGACGUGUUUGAGGAAGCGAAAGGCAAAGAUGAUAAAGGGAUCCCUACAGCAGAAUUUAUGAAUGGAGACGACGAAGCAGACGAUGUGAAGAAAAAAGAUGAUAACAUGGAACAAAAUUGUUUUCCUCAUUUCUAG